CACCUACCACCGUAUUACACUCACAGAUCACUAUAUCAACUAACAAAUUUUCCCAUGCUUUAUACGCCUCCCUCAUCUUUCAAUCAGUUAGUCAAAGCUAACAGCAUCCGUACGAAAUCGAGCAACCGUUACGUCAUCAUUCAUCAUUUUCAGUGAGCUGGAAAAGUAAGAGAUAGGGAUGGCGGAGGCGGAUGAUAUUAUGGAAGCCGUGAAGAAGGAAGCGGUUGAUUUGGAAACGAUACCAGUCGAGGAAGUUUUCGAAAAUUUGAGAUGUUCCAAAGAAGGGCUAACAUCAAAGGAUGCUGAAAAGAGAUUAGAGAUAUUUGGGCACAAUAAGCUUGAAGAGAAGGAGGAAAGCAAAAUUUUGAAGUUCUUAGGGUUUAUGUGGAACCCACUAUCAUGGGUCAUGGAAGUUGCAGCAAUUAUGGCCAUUGCACUUGCCAAUGGAGGAGGUAAACCACCUGACUGGCAGGAUUUUGUUGGGAUUAUCACACUGCUUGUCAUAAAUUCAACAAUAAGCUUUAUAGAGGAGAACAAUGCUGGUAACGCAGCAGCAGCUCUCAUGGCACACCUUGCACCUAAAGCGAAGGUGCUUCGCGAUGGAAAAUGGAAUGAGGAAGAAGCAGCAAUUCUUGUUCCAGGUGAUAUAAUCAGUAUUAAACUAGGAGAUAUCAUCCCAGCAGAUGCUCGACUUCUUGAGGGUGAUCCUUUAAAGAUAGACCAGUCUGCUUUAACAGGUGAAUCCCUUCCUGUAACAAAGCUCCCUGGGGAUGGAGUUUAUUCAGGCUCUACAUGCAAACAGGGGGAAAUUGAAGCAGUGGUUAUUGCGACAGGUGUGCAUACCUUCUUUGGAAAGGCUGCACAUCUUGUAGAUUCUACAAACCAAGUAGGCCAUUUUCAGAAGGUUCUGACAGCGAUUGGGAACUUCUGUAUAUGUUCAAUUGCAAUCGGAAUGGUAGUAGAAAUCAUCGUGAUGUACCCAAUUCAAAACCGUAAAUAUCGUCCUGGAAUUGACAAUUUGCUAGUGCUUCUCAUUGGUGGAAUUCCUAUUGCAAUGCCAACAGUUUUAUCGGUCACAAUGGCAAUUGGUUCUCAUCGUUUAUCUCAGCAGGGAGCUAUCACAAAAAGAAUGACAGCAAUAGAAGAAAUGGCAGGCAUGGAUGUUCUUUGCAGUGAUAAAACUGGGACUUUGACCCUGAACAAGCUUUCGGUUGACAAAAAUCUUAUAGAGAUAUUUGCUAAAGGAGUGGAUGCUGAUAUGGUGGUGUUGAUGGCUGCAAGAGCUUCUAGGGUGGAAAACCAAGACGCAAUAGAUGCUGCCAUAGUAGGGAUGUUGGCUGACCCUAAGGAGGCACGGGGAGGUAUUCAAGAGGUCCAUUUCCUUCCAUUCAACCCUACCGAUAAGAGGACAGCAUUAACUUACAUUGAUGGUGAAAACAAAAUGCAUCGUGUCAGUAAGGGUGCUCCUGAACAGAUUUUGAAUCUUGCACAUAAUAAAUCAGAAAUUGAGCGUAGAGUACAUCUUGUGAUAGAUAAGUUUGCCGAGCGUGGUUUACGAUCCCUUGCAGUAGCCUACCAGGAAGUCCCUGCGGGAAAGAAGGAAAGCCCAGGAGGUCCAUGGGAGUUUAUCGGUCUUAUGCCUCUCUUUGACCCACCCAGACAUGACAGUGCAGAGACAAUUAGAAGGGCUUUGAAUCUGGGAGUAAGCGUCAAAAUGAUCACAGGCGAUCAGCUAGCAAUAGGAAAGGAAACAGGACGGCGUCUAGGAAUGGGGACCAACAUGUACCCUUCAUCUGCAUUACUGGGACAGAACAAAGACGAGUCAAUUGCCGCCUUACCCAUUGACGAGUUGAUUGAAAAAGCUGAUGGAUUUGCUGGUGUCUUUCCUGAGCAUAAAUAUGAAAUUGUGAAACGUUUACAAGCAAGAAAGCAUAUAUGUGGUAUGACUGGUGAUGGAGUGAAUGAUGCACCUGCACUUAAGAAAGCGGACAUUGGAAUUGCGGUUGCAGAUGCAACUGAUGCUGCACGUAGUGCGUCUGAUAUAGUGCUGACUCAACCUGGUCUUAGUGUUAUUAUCAGUGCAGUACUAACUAGCCGAGCAAUCUUUCAGAGGAUGAAAAAUUACACUAUAUACGCAGUUUCCAUUACUAUCCGUAUAGUGCUUGGUUUCAUGCUACUAGCCCUCAUAUGGAAGUUUGACUUUCCACCCUUCAUGGUCCUGAUCAUUGCAAUUCUUAACGACGGUACCAUUAUGACAAUUUCCAAGGAUAGAGUGAAACCGUCUCCUCAACCGGACAGCUGGAAAUUGGCAGAGAUUUUCGCUACAGGGAUCAUUCUCGGUAGCUACUUGGCUAUGAUGACUGUAAUUUUCUUCUGGGCUGCGUAUGAGACCGAUUUUUUCCCGCGUGUUUUUGGAGUUUCUAGCCUUCAGAAAACUGGUCAAGUUACAUUGGACGAUGUUAAAAAAAAGCUAGCCUCAGCAGUAUACCUACAAGUGAGCACCAUCAGUCAAGCUUUAAUAUUUGUUACACGUUCUAGGAGCUGGUCCGUUUAUGAACGUCCAGGAGCUCUACUUUUCGGUGCCUUCUUGAUUGCUCAAUUGAUUGCAACGUUGAUUGCAGUUUAUGCAGACUGGAAUUUUUCUGCAAUCGAAGGGAUCGGAUGGGGUUGGGCAGGUGUAAUAUGGCUCUACAACAUUGUAUUCUACAUCCCACUCGAUUUCAUAAAGUUGUUCAUCAGAUAUGCUAUAAGUGGUAGAGCAUGGGAUCUUGUCAUUGACCAACGCGUUGCUUUCACCAGGAAAAGAAACUUUGGGAAGGAAGACCGUGAGCUUAAAUGGGCUCAAGCACAACGGACACUACACGGGCUGGACCCGCCUGAAAUACAUAGCGUUGACCGCAACAACCACAAUGAACUUAAUCAGAUGGCUGAAGAUGCAAAACGCCGAGCUGAGAUGACAAGGUUGCGAGAGUUGCUUACGCUGAAAGGUCACGUGGAAUCAGUUGUAAAACUGAAGAACAUCGACAUAGAUACCAUCCAACAAUCCUACACUGUGUGAGAAUGUUUUUACUUUCAUUCCAAGGUAUAUGUAGUGUGCAGUGCAUAUAUGCAAGUGCCCAAAAGAUUGUUUGUUAUUAUAUUACUGAAUCUUUUCUCAUAUGUAAGAGAAUCAGUAUAUUGUAGAGUAGUACCUCUUUUGCCCAGUCUUCAAAAAAUCUCACAAUUUUUAUA